GUUUUUUGUCUGUUUUAUAAUUUCUUUAGUUACCUAAUCAAACUAAUAGUUUGGCCAAGCUUCUCCAAGGCCAAAAGUGCCUCUUUUUUUUUCCUUCGAAAUUGAGGUGUCUGUCCAAGCUUUUAAGAGAAGAAAAAGUGCUUUUGAGUAGAAGUAGAAGCUGUUUUUGAGAAGCUGAAAAAAAGUAGCUUCCCCCCAAAAGGACUUUUUGAAAAGCCCUUUUGAGAAAAUGCACUUUAGAAGCACUUUUUAACGUUUGGCUAAACACUAAGAAAAAUAACUUCUAUUUUCUUUCUAAUUUCUAGAGAGGAAAAGUGGAUGAAAUUGUGGAUGAUAUCUUUUCUUGUUACUUGACAAACUACUAUUAUAGGUUAAUUUGGUUUGUGCCUGAAUUGGCUGAUAUUUGCAUUUAGUCCAAACUCAACCUGCUCAAUUUUGGACGAGUGGGCAGGAUACACUUAUAGGGGCUACAUUUGACACCCCUACAGGGUACCAUGCUUCACUAGCAUCUCCCCUCAUAGUCUUACUUAGGUAGCUUCAAAUGGUGGUAGGUAGCGUCUCAUUCAAGAUUUUGGUAGCCAUUGGCUGCUGUUGAGAUGGUUGCACUGACUUUUGCUCCAAUGGACCAAUCUACUGUCUACGCAUGGAAAAACAUUUCACAUGUUCCUGUGGCUUUCCUGUCAUCCUUUAUCCCCCUCUCUCUGUGAUGCCUAUGAUUAAGAAUUCUAUAUUUGGUCUGAGGUGCAGGAUGAAUAAGAAGAAAAAUCCUCUCGUAUUCUUAGAUGUAUCAAUUGACGGAAAUGCUGCAGAAAAAAUUGUUAUUGAGCUCUUUGCAGAUAUCGUCCCAAAGACUGCAGAAAAUUUUCGGUCACUCUGCACAGGUGAGAAGGGAGUUGGAGAAUCUACUGGGAAACCUCUGCACUACAAAGGAUGCUUAUUUCACCGCGUAAUAAAAGGGUUUAUGGCACAAGGUGGUGAUUUCUCCAAAGGGAAUGGCACUGGUGGAGAGAGUAUAUAUGGAGGGAAAUUUCCAGAUGAAAACUUCAAAGUUGACCACACUGAGGCUGGUCUUCUCUCGAUGGCAAAUAGUGGUCCUAAUACAAAUGGAUCCCAGUUUUUCAUUAUAUUUAAGAGAACUCCCCAUCUCGACGGGAAGCAUGUUGUUUUCGGAAAAGUUGUAAAGGGAAUGGAUAUUGUGAGGAAAAUUGAACAGGUGGGAACAGACAAUGGGAAGCCUUCUGGGCUUGUGAAAAUUGUCGAUUGCGGUGAACUAUCUGAAAGGAAAAGUAACGAUACAACCAAAGCAGAGAAAGGGAAAAAUAAAAAGUCAGCAAGAGCUCUUUCCUCUGAUGAUGAUUCAGACGGUAAAGAAAAGGGGAAACGCAAAGCAUCCACCAACAGAAAGAAAAAGAAAAAGAGGAGAUACUCUUCAUCUGAUUCUUACAGUUCUGAGACAGAUACUGAUUCCUCUUCAGACUCUGACUCAGAUUCUAAGCUGGACUCCUAUUCUUCUAGUUCUUCAGGUGAUGAAAGGCGUAAGAAGAGGAAGAGGCCGACUAAGAAAGAAAAGAGUCGACGUGGGAAGAAAAAAGACAGUAAGAGGUCGAGGAGAACAGUUCAUCGAAAUAAAAGAUCAAGACGCAAGUGCUCUGAGAGUUCUAGUGGCACAGACAGUGGGAGUAUGAGCAGCAGCAGCAAUGGUGGUAGUAGCAGCAGUGAUAGCUCUGAUGAUGAAAAUGGCAGGCCCAGAAAUUCUGGACGAAAAGGUUUGGGGAAGAAAUCAUCAAUCCCUCUCGAAGGACAAGCUGUUUUGAAGCAGCAACUGAAUCUUGAAGAGGGUGAAAUAUCUAAGAAUGGUAAGCUUCCAAAUAACGGUAAUGGUGGAGACGUACAAACUGAAAGGACUCUCGCCACAAUUCAUGAAUCUGAUAAUUCGAGCAGAUCCAGGAGCCCAGCACCAAGUCCUAAGGGGAAGCCAAGGCCCAGCCGCCGGAGCAGUCGAAGUAUGAGCCCAGCAAAAGUACCUGACAGGCUUGAUCAAAAUGAUGGAAGUCAUCAAAUUGGAUCAAAGGAGAGAAGUUUAUCAAAGAGUCCUUCACGAAAAGCUACUCAGCCAUCUCGCUCUAGUCCUGGCAAGGAUUUAUCUGAAAACCGUUCUCCAGAAGGAACAAAACGAAUCCGGAAAGGCCGUGGCUUCACUGAUCGCUAUUCAUUUGCAAGACGCUAUCGCACCCCAUCUCCUGAGCGUGCACCUUACAGACCUUAUGACCAUGGUGGGAGAAAUUUUCAGGGGAAUCGUGAUAGGUACUCAAGCUAUAGAAACUAUUCUGGGCGCUCUCCACCCGGACGGUACAGACGGUCACCAAGAGGCAGAAGUCCACCCAGUAGAUACCGGCGCAGGAGUCGAAGUAGGAGUGUUUCUCACAGCCCUAGGCGUGAGAGGCGUCGAAGUAGGAGCCCUUCACGCAGUCGCUCCCCUAAAAUCAGUGACAGAUUGAAGUCUCGUCUUGGGCCUCGUGUGGAUGAUCAGCGUUCUCCCACUAGGAGGUCAAGCUCAAGAUCUAAAAGCCCUCGAUCUCGCGAUGCUGCUCCAAGGAAGCACAGUAGAAAAGUAGGAUCUGCAUCACCUAGUAGUUCGAGAUCAACCUCCCCUGCUCGACAGAGGGGUCUAGUCUCAUAUGAGGAUAUCAGUCCCACCGGGACAAACUAAUAUGUACCCUUCAAGCUCAUAUACGAGCCACUAGAUUUGCGAAAAGUUUAUGGUCUAGGUUUAAACUAUGUUUCAUCAGAUGUUCUCUUAGCUGGGAUUGUCAAUUCAGUUUUAUCAUUUUUGUAUUUCAGUAAGCUAGUGGUUCAACAUUGAUUAUCUUAUUUACACACUACUGUAGCAGCAAAGCUUCUGAUAAGAACUCCAUUUGUGGUUUACCAUUUCCUGGAGUAAGGUCCAGAUUAGUUUUUCAGAAAUGUCAUUAUUGGUCAUAAGGUGAUA